CGUUGCGAAUUAAAAUUUCUAUUCGUUUGUUUGAAUUGAAAAAUUGUGAGCUAUUUCCUGUAGUUUUUAUUAUUUAUUUAUAAUUUAUUUAUAAGCGUAAACCCAUUUUCAAAACUGUUAAUUGUCCAUUUCAGGUGGUCUCAAAUCAAGAUGACCGAAGAUAAACCUGUUGACUACGAUAAGAUUUUGGAACUGUUGAAGGAAAAAGGAGUUCUUCACAAUCAACAAUGUGAAACAAAAGAUACGGUGAUUACAGUCUACCUAGAAACACUGAAAGAGUACUACACGAUAAGGGAGAGUGUUCGAUUGGAGGAACAACGUAAGCGAAUGUUGCAAGCACAAAUUGUCGAGCAAAUAUUGAUUAAUAAAGGCUUGUGCCAUAUUAAUAAUUUGCGUGUCGACCAACUUGCAAACUUACAAAAGGAGUUCAUAGAGAUGCAAAUGUCGCAGAUAAUCACCAAAUAUUCGGAACAAUCGGAGUCUGUAUUGCAAAAAAUGCGGGAAACAGCCGAUGAAUUUGACAUUGCAAAUUUGAAUAAGAAAAUAAAAUGUCUUUUGCAACAGCACGAAGGACAGCUAGAAAAAAUUAAGCAGCUGUCGGAAGAAUUGGACGAUAGAAAGAGGGGUCGUAUCGUUUCUGUGGAAACAGGUGGUGAACUUCGUUCCUUAACUGAUCUUACGGUGGCUCUGGAAAAAGAGAUUCAAUAUUAAUAUGUAUCUUUUAAUAUUUUGGAUAAUUUUGUUUUUUCUUUUUGUAAUUACAUGUUUCGAAUAAAUUUUGUUCAUAAUU